AUGUGGCUGAAUCAGCUAUCAAAGUUCGCUCUUUUGGCUGCUCAAUACUUGGUACCAUCCCGAUCAACUUCCACCUGUCUUUCAACAUCCACCACUCUAGAGCACCUUAUCGACUGCUUCCAUCCUUUCACAGUUCCGGAAAGAAAAUACCCCGACUACCCAUCCUACGACGCAGCACAGCCAAACGCUACUCAACGACAGGCGUGGUCAGACGUCAUAACAGCAGUCUUAAACGUGGACGGAAACUGCUCUUCAAUCUUUAUACCUCCCUCUAUCAACACAAUAAUAUCCGUCGCGCCAUUCACCGACUCGUCCGGCACCGCUUUUUGCGUACUCUACGAAUCUAGCGUCGAAUCGGGACAUUACGCGAAAGGAUGGGGCCUCUUUGUCGUUCCCGAACUACGUGCGGACGUUUCACGUUCUAUCCAUUUCUCCGCUCCACAUCCAGGAUGGCCCGGUGGAGACGGGGACACCCCACAGCAAGCAGCUUCCUUGUUCAAGGCGACGGGCGCGAAGAGCCUGCUCAUCACUGGGAGGAAGCGGACGGCUUCAAUAUUGCCUUCUGACUGCGUUACUUCUAGUCAAGGUGGUCAGCAUUACUAUAUGACGGAUCCUACUCAUAGCAUCCGCGAACCGUUCUUCGAUGCAAAUUUGGCCAUCAUAGCGUGGCAGAACGAGAAUGGGGGUUGCCCUGCUACGUCGUGUGCUUUCAUUCAAAUGCAUGGGAAAGCGAGAACAACUUGCGCCUCGGAACAAGUGUUCCUAUCCGCUGGUCUGGGACGUGGCAAGGCGUCCAUUGCAUGGUACACCGACGACGUCGAUCGUCCCGUCAAGCGUUUGAAGACACAACUCAUAUGA